CUUGCCUGGCUGCCUGAGGCGCGGGGCCCGAGAAGGCGCGACACCUCCCUCCCAGAAGCAGCAGGUUGAAGGCAAAGAGUGGCAUGUUACCAUGGAAGGACAGCACAAUCAUCCACAUCAUCUAGGGGACCAGAAUAAUCCACUCUGCAAAGUGGCAAGUCAAGAAUAUCAGCAUGAUACUCAGCAGAGGCACUUGACAUCAUAUCCAUAUCGCUGCACAUUAGCAGACUUUCAGAUAGAAAAAAAGAUUGGACGAGGGCAAUUCAGUGAAGUCUACAAAGCAACUUGCCUUCUGGACAGAAAACCAGUAGCAUUGAAGAAAGUGCAGAUAUUUGAAAUGAUGGAUGCCAAGGCUAGACAAGAUUGCAUUAAAGAAAUAGACCUUUUGAAGCAAUUGAACCACCCCAACAUAAUCAAGUAUUUGGAUUCGUUUAUUGAAGACAAUGAACUUAACAUUGUUCUGGAACUGGCAGAUGCAGGUGACCUCUCUCAGAUGAUUAAGUAUUUUAAAAAGCAGAAGCGGCUAAUCCCAGAAAGAACGGUUUGGAAAUACUUUGUGCAGUUGUGCAGUGCAGUUGAACACAUGCAUUCCCGCAGGGUGAUGCACAGAGACAUAAAACCAGCCAACGUGUUUAUAACAGCCACUGGAGUAGUGAAGCUGGGAGAUCUUGGACUGGGCCGCUUCUUUAGCUCCAAAACCACUGCUGCACAUUCCUUAGUAGGAACACCCUACUAUAUGUCCCCAGAAAGAAUUCACGAAAAUGGCUAUAACUUUAAAUCGGAUAUCUGGUCCUUGGGCUGUUUAUUGUAUGAGAUGGCAGCUCUUCAGAGUCCCUUCUAUGGUGAUAAAAUGAACUUGUUUUCUCUCUGCCAAAAGAUAGAGCAGUGCGAUUACCCACCUCUUCCAGCUGAACAUUAUUCUGAAAAGUUGCGGGAGCUGGUCAGCAUGUGCAUAUACCCAGAUCCUGAUCAAAGGCCUGACAUUGGUUAUGUGCAUCAGCUAGCAAAACAGAUGCAUGUUUGGACCUCCAGCACUUGAAGAGUCAGCAAUUGUGCUCCACAAAAAGCCAGCCCAGCUUAGUCUUACUUGAACCUUCUGUCUCAGAAUGAAACCAAGAGGUGCCUCACCAAAGUCAAGUGGGAGAGUUGAGCCUUCAUUGAAAGACGCUUCAUGAUUUCUGCAGGCCACUUGCAGGGGUUCUCACAGAGUGGAUACGCUCUCAGUGAAGGCUGUGAGAGGCUGCUGCAAGUGUGUGUUAUUCUUUUUAAAGCCAAUAACAUGUUACAGACGUAGAUAAUUUAAGAUCCUUUCUUAAAACUGUUGUGUGUAAUCUAGGCUAGACUAAGAGCAAGGGUUUCUCAUUGUGCAUUUGACACACCCCUUGUAUUUUAACUAAUGUGAAAUAUUGAAAUAAUUCCUUUGGUGAAAUCACUUUAUACUAAUGUAAGAAUUUCAGUAGCAUUUGUGUAAUUUUGUAUAACUGUUACUUUGCCUCUUCUGCAAAUGGUUAAUAGCAAAUUCAGUUUCUAGUUCAUUUAUUUUUUAAAAGUAUCUGCCUGGAGUUUUUAUACUUCCCUUCUUUGCAAAAAUAGAACAUGGAGAAAGGGAAACACCUUUGAAGGUAUUUUUAACUGAAACUUUAAAAUGGCUGUUAUGCAAUGCAUUUUAUUCGUUAAUGUGGCUGCAGCUGAGAAUGACUCCAGAGUCUGCCUCACACCAAAGCUUUUUUGUAACUUUCCUUGCCUGUACUGGCACAGAACUUGUGAGAAUCUCAAUAGCCAUUCUUACACGAAGACCAGUGUUACUGUAAGCAAAAGUUGGGGGGUGGGAUACCUUUUUGUUAAAAUCACUGGUACUUCA